CGUGGCAAGAUGGCGACCCUGGAUCGGGUGAAGGUUCUGGUGUUGGGAGACUCAGGUGUUGGGAAGUCUUCACUGGUCCAUCUUCUAUGCCACAAUCAAGUGCUGGGAAAUCCAUCAUGGACCGUGGGCUGCUCGGUGGAUAUCAGAGUUCAUGACUACAAAGAAGGAACCCCUGAAGAGAAGACCUACUAUAUAGAACUAUGGGAUGUUGGAGGCUCUGUGGGCAGUGCCAGCAGUGUGAAAAGCACACGAGCAGUGUUCUACAACUCUGUGAAUGGCAUUAUUUUAGUACACGACUUAACAAAUAAGAAGUCAUCUCAAAAUUUAUACCGCUGGUCGUUGGAAGUUCUCAACAGGGAUUCGGUUCCAACUGGAGUCCUGGUAACAAAUGGGGAUUAUGACCGAGAACAGUUUGCUGAUAACCAAAUCCCACUGUUGGUAAUAGGGACUAAACUGGACCAGAUUCAUGAAACCAAGCGCCAUGAAGUAUUAAUUAGGACUGCCUUCUUGGCUGAGGACUUCAAUGCUGAAGAGAUUAAUUUGGACUGCACAAACCCACGGUCCUCAGCGGCAGGCUCCUCCAACGCCGUCAAGCUCAGUAGAUUUUUUGAUAAGGUCAUAGAGAAGAGAUACUUCUUUAGAGAAGGUAAUCAGAUUCCAGGCUUUUCUGAUCGAAAGAGGUUUGGAGGAGGAACACUGAAGAACUUCCAUUAUGACUGAGUUGCACUCACCCUCUGGAAGAGUGAGUGAGCAGCGGCACUUUCCACAGCUUCACUCUUGCUGUGUCAGAUUAUCAACUUCUCAGGCUCUGAUAAAAACAUCUCAAAAUGCUACCUCACCCAAUCAUGGAAAUUUAGAAGAAAGUAACGAUGUGGAAGAUCGUAACUCUGCCCCUGUUUUCUAUACUCUGCAGCUCCCUACCCCUGUUUAUAGCUUACGUAAAAGCCUUAUGUCAAUAUGAGAUAUUGUCAAACCAGUGCAGUAAAUGAGUGGUGACAAGGACUACAGAGAGAACCGACUCUUGAUUGGAACCAGAGGGUUUUAUAGGUCUGCAAUUUCCCCAGGCUCACUGCUGAAGGCUUAAUUAAGCACUUCAGAAACAUAUCUGUGUUUCCCCUUCCUGAGGGGAAAGGUCAGCCCUGACUGACCCACCCCAAACCAUCGCUGUCAUUUUUAAAGAAGCCAAAUGGGGUUAUUUCAUUUUCUCCACCCUUAUUACACACAGGGAUGCCUAAGAAUAGCAACCCGUCUCCUCUCCCUGGGGAAAGGCUUAGUGUCUGGGAGAGAUGAACUAAGAGCUGACGUUAAAUAGAAAUACAAAUUAAUAAUACAUAGAGAAUAGGGCAGAAAAGAAGGCUCUGCUGCCUGACAGCUCCUGCGCUCUUCCCGCUUUCUGUUUGCAAAGUGGGUGAAAUCGGAGCCCUGCACAAGGGCUUCUUCGGUGGUUUGUUUGCUUGUUUGUUUUGUUUGUUUGCUUGUUUGUUGUUCUAGGGUUUUUUUGGGUUGGAAAUUCAACUCCUGAAAUUCCUUAACAUAAUGAUCUGUAGACUAAGAAUAUUAUUCUUACGUUAACAGCGAAUUUAUGGGAAAGUCAGUUAAGCUCCCGAAUAGCACAUUCACAUUAAUGAUGAACCAGUGUUCGGGGCGUCAUAAUCACUCCACAGUUUUUCGGCAGUGGUGUGUACGUGUUUGCAGAAUUGCUCAUCGUUAUUUUUUAGCCCAUCUUUUUUGCUGGUUUAAUUCUCUUGGCCUAGUUCUUUCUUGGUUUAUAAAAUUGGUUGGGAAAAAAAAAAAAACAAGAUUAUAAUUGGCUGCUGUGUUCAACACUUUAUCACCCAGAUGCUUCUGGCUCUGCUGCAGCUCUCUUCUCCCUAGUUUUACACCAAACUAAAAAAUAAUAGUAUAAAUACACAGUUUCAUUUACUUCAAAGCUAGCUAAAAACUACAAAGCUUAUUUUCUGUUUCAUCUUAAUUAAAUUUCAGAAGGACUCUGGAAGUCAAGGUAUGCCGGAAGGGAAUAUUAGAAACUCAAAAAGGCAGUCUUGGGGAUUUGAAAAGUACUUGCCUUGAGCUGAGUUUUUCUCCGGCCUUUACCUUCUCAUUGGCGAGACCUAGGCCCUGCUUCAGCCUGCUUGCGGAUCUGUUUGUUCUCUGGUAUAGUUGGUAUUAUGCAAAUCAUUACCCAUGUGUGGAAUUUGGCACAAGUGUGUUGUGGCAGAGGCCAUGAAGUUGGUAAAGUAGAAACUAAAUGCUACACAAAGCCCUAUCUACACUGUCUAAAACUCUUCAUAUGUCUCUUUUAAAAUUAAAUCAAGGGGCCAUCAACUGCAACUCAAUGGUAGAACACUUACCUAGCAUGUGCAAGGUACUAACUAGAUUUGAUUCCCAAUGUCAAAAAAUUUAAUAAAAAUAAAUUAAUUAAAAACACA